AUGAGUCGUAGGGACAACGUUGGCUUCAUCGCGUGGCUCGUGCCCUUGAUUGGCAUCUCGACAAUGCUUAGCACCGAAUUCAUGGCAUGCACGAGUCAUUUCAAUUGUUUCGAAGCUUUUCCAACGCUGUCAUACGCUGCGACGUUCCGACCAGAAGGGUACAUUUUCAUGCUGGGCAUGAGCCUCACGGCUGUCUUGAUCUUCGUGUCGAUCUCGCUCUUUUUCUGGUAUUUGCGUCUACGUACGCGACAGCAGAGACACAACUCAUCGGGGAAAAGCAGUACGCAGUACGUGGCAGUGGGCUACACGUGUCUCGUGUUCGGGCUUGUGACAGCUCUCUCGCUGUUUGGACUGGCUGCCAUGGAUAUGCAGGCUUAUCAUGAUGCACACAUUGUCUUUACGGUCGUGUUUUUUGGCUCUCGGCAUGGGCAUGAUGAUUGCGGUGCAAGUGCAGGCUUAUUUGCAUGA